CGUAAAAAAAGGGCACCAAGCUUCUCAUAAGAGGAACUUGAAGUUUUGCUGGACGAGGUGAGCUUGCACAAAGUGACACUGUUUUCCAGCUUUCGGAAUAACUUGUGCAACAGCAACAAAAAGGAGCUAUGGAGCGACAUAGCAAGGAAGAUGGCUGCCUCCGGAUCAGGCACACCAAGGUCCUGGCAGGACGUCAGGAAAAAAUUGCAUGAUUUUUCAAGCCAGGUUAAGGUGAGAGGUUCUGCUGUCCGUAGAGACCGGGCGAGGACAGGUGCGGGGACCAGUUCGGUGCAACCCUUAACAGCACAUGAGGAGAAGGCACUGGCGAUCAUGGGUGACACAAUCUCACAUGGAAUCCCUGGGGGGAUUGACGUUAGAAGAGGUGACGCUGAACAGGCCUCAUGUUCUAGGUCAUCGCCACCCCCCAAUGUGCCAUGCUCCCCAGACACCGAGCCACCUGCAGCACUCUCCUCACCUGGCAGCACCGAGCCGGAAGGUUGCACUAUGCCACCACCUCCCGUACACACAUCUUCGCCAGGACUUCGCUACACGACAUUACGACGUCGCUCCACAAUCUCACCAUGUCGGUGUAGUGAAGAGUUGGUGAUCAUUGAAAAGGAGAAGUUGGUUGUGUUGCGGGACAUUCAGCGACAGUUGACCGAAGCAAAUGAGCUCGCUCGCCAGUCUCUGGAGCUGAAGAGAGCCAAGCUGGAACUGGCCAAGCAGCAGCAUGCCCUAGCAGAGGCACAAUUCAACAGGCCCUCAAUCUCUGUACCAAUCUUGCUGCCAGCUGAAGAUGCUGAGCAACAGUCAACACAGUGA